CCAACCAACCAAUCACACCAAUCCAUCAGAGAUAAACCCUUUUCUCCACCUCAACUCUCCCCUCCUCUUCGCCGUGCAUUUUCUAUCACCAACUCAAACCACACAAACCCACCUCCCCUCCCCUUAAAAACCCUUCUCUGCCUAUCCUUUUCCUCUGAUUCCCACUCAAUCGCGAAAACCCAUCUUCCCAAUGGCUAGUGUCACCUCCUCCGCCGUCGCCAUCCCUUCCUUCACAGGCCUGAAGGCCGGCGCCUCAAGAGCCGCCGCCAUCUCCACCGCCAAGGUGACCGCCAGCUCGCUCCCAAGGGUCGGCGCCAUCAAGGCUUCACUCAAGGAAGUCGGCGUCGCCGUCGCCGCGGGUGCGGCCAGCCUCAUACUGGCCAGCAACGCCAUGGCCUUCGAGGUCCUGCUUGGCUCCGGAGAUGGCGGCCUGGUCUUCGAGCCAAGCAGCUUCUCGGUGCCUUCCGGCGAAAAGAUUGUGUUCAAGAACAAUGCUGGGUUCCCCCACAACGUGGUGUUCGACGAGGACGAGGUUCCCAGCGGCGUGGACGCUGCGAAGAUCUCCAUGCCGGAGGAAGAACUUCUGAAUGCCCCCGGCGAAAUCUACGCCGUGACAUUGACCGAGAAAGGAACUUACGGCUUCUACUGUUCUCCUCACCAAGGAGCUGGAAUGAUUGGCAAGAAAUUUAGUAAUGAGCUACCCUGCCAUAUGCAUAGAGCCAUAAACCAAACAAAAUCAACCAAUCAUUCAGGCUAACCAUUUGAGGGAGACAGAGAAGAGUAAAUGUAAACCAGAAUGUGACAGCAGUGGUGGUGCAUGGUGAAGACGUAGGUAGUUACAGGAAUAUCAAUGAAUUUCCCAUUGAUCCUGGCAGCUAGAUGUAACUUUGGUGAAGACUAUGAUGUAAAAUUCACCUGAUGACAACAAGACUUGAGGGAAGAAAAUAUAAAAAUAACAAGAGCCCACUCAUUUUACAAGUGAGAACAAGAGCCUACCCUAAAAUUUUGAAUUGAUAUUUGAGCACAAGAGUAUUAUUUUUAGUUGAAACCAGAUAUGCAAGUACCAAGUUCAGGGGGAAUUGUAUCUGAAGAUCUUUCCUCAUUCUCCUUAUUUCUUUUUUACCCUUUUUUGGUUAUAGAAUUCAUUAUAGCUGAAAACUUGUAUCCUUUUCA